UUUUUAACAUCCGGCGUGAAGGGGGUUAAGACGGUGAGGUUGUUGAAGGAGAGACCGCCACAUGGGAAAAAUCCGGGGACUGUCCACGAGUAGGUCCAGCAACAGGGGAAACCAGUCUCCCUGAGGCCAAAGAGGAGCCACUAGUGCCAUAUGCACAGCCUGCAACUCGCGAACCCUCACCAGAACACGGCAGAUCAGAGCAAACAGUGAAAAGGCAUACAGAUCCAGAAUGUCCCACGGAAAAGAGAACACAUCCUGUCGCCAGGCCCCCUGAUCCGAAAGAGGAGAUACAUACAGGGGCAGAUGACGAGUCAGUGCCAUGGCAAACAGAUCUACCAGAGGAGAUCUCCACACCUGGAAGACUUUCCUGCAAAUUUCGGGAUGUAGGGUCCACUCUGAACCAACACACUCCCGACUGAGCACAUCCGCAAUUAUAUUGUGGUGUCCUGGAACGAAAGUAGGGCAGAGAGAGAGAUGGACCGGCUCUCGCACCACCGGAGAACUGUCCCUGCUAAGGCUGACAGAGGUUCGGAACGAGUGCCCCUGGACCUCCUGAGAUAGGCGACCACGGUUGAGUUGUCGGACAUCACAGACACCACCGAUCCCAACAAGGCCUGCUGAAAACUCUGGAGAGCCCGAAAGACUGCCUAAAGCUCCAGAUGAUUUAUGUGGAGCCCCUGCUCCUCCACAGUCCAGACUGUCGAAGCCAGAGAAUCUCCCAGGUGAGCUCCCGACCCAAGCUGGGAAGCAUCUAAGAACAGGGUUUGUUCGGGAGGCGGCACUACAAACAGGGCGCCUUCCAGAAGCUGAUCCGGAACCAACCACCAAACCAGGUCUUGCAAACACUGACGACUUGGAGCCACUCGCCACCAAUCUGAGUCAGAAGCAGCCCGCCAAUGCCUCUUCAGGCACCACUGCAGAGCCCGCAUCUGCAGGGGCCCGGCUGGGAUGCAAGAUGUCCCAGCAAAGACCUCCAGAGGGACACUGCUAGUACCACGUCAGUUCCUUGCUAGCGACCACACAGUCCAUCUCUAUUCCACUCCGCUCGUCGUCAUGCCUGGUGUUCACUUUACCUGCUGUUUUUCCCUUCACCGGCCUUUUCUGAAGAGUUUGCCUGGUGAGUUUUUUCACCUUUUCACUGCUAUGAUACGCAGUUAGCGCUUUGGUAUAAUACAUAUAUGAUCCAAGGACAUGUAUGUUAGCGCUUUGGUGAAAAUACAUAUACAAUCCUAUGACGUAUAUGUUGGUGCUAUGAUGACAACACAUAUGUGAUCCAAUGACAUGUAUGUUAGUGCCAUGGUGAACACACAUAUAUGAUCCAAGGAAAUAUAUGUUGGCCUUGUUUUGAAUUACCCGCCAUUCUUUGUUUUUUCCUAGACGAAUCAUGUCGGCACGGGACAAGGCUCAAGGGAUGCCUCGACAUUCCUCAUCGCUUUCCUCCUCUACCUCCGAAGGAAAGCGUCGUGAAAAGGAUCCCAUGGAUUCUGAAGCAAAGCAGAGGAAAGCUGCCAGUACAGAGGAUUGCACUUCUCAACCCCUACUGACCGCUUGUGCUUCUCAGCCUUCUGCUCACCCCUCCGUGGCCGGCCCGAGCAGCGUAAACAUACCAGCCGCUUCUCCACCUCCCGACGUUGAGCUGGGCUGCCUGUCUUCCUUACUCAGUGGCCUAAUUGAGAGAUUGGACAAGUCAGUUGCUCCUCAGGUGUCUCCAGGGUACAGCGCAAGUUUCAGUGGUUUCCAUGCCCUCUCCUCGUCGGAGGAUGAGGAUGGUGAAAUUGUCGAGUGCCCGUCUCAGCAGUCUGUGUCUGACCCUUUGGAUGACCUGGACACGUUCACCGCUAGUCAGACACCCAGAGAGCCAGUGGCUGAUGUAGCUUUUCAGAAGGCUCUCGAGGAAUUUGCUGGCCACUUCCAUGGGGAGGAGGAGUUGGGUGACGCCCUGUCUGAGCGCUUAGCCUCCAUCCUGGAUGUGAGCCUGAGACGACGACCCUCCUCCGACAGUGUUAAGGCGACUUAUGAGAAAAUAAAGCUCCCUAACAAUAUGCUGAAUUUAAAAGUGCCAGUGACUAAUUCAGCCAUCACCAAAGCCAUGAGUGUCCAAGGGAAGUUGGUGGACACCAGGCUUUCUCUCACUAAUGGACUGCUUGCGAAGGCUUUGGUCCCCAUUGCCCGCUGUAUUAGUGAUAUGGGUGAGAGGAAUGUUCAGCCCAUCACUUGCUACCUUGAUGGCCUGAACAACAGCCUCCGAUUCCUCACUUCUGCUGUGAACUACGUCAUUCAGCUAAGGAAGGAGGUGGCACGGUUCAAUGUGCAUGACUCUGCCCUGGAAGAACUCUGCAAGUGGGAGUGUGAAGUGGGCAGAGAUGAUCUUUUCCCAUUCGAUGUAGUCAAGAAAUGUGAAGACAUCCACAAGUCCAGGAAACUUGGGAGGCCUGCCUUCCGCCCCCGCAAGGCUCCUGGCAAGCGAUUUCUUCUGCCACGGCAGACACCUAGACAUCCUUUCUACCAACAGAAGUCACGGCCAUGGUCCCAGACGAGGUCUUUUUUAGGCCAGCGACCUCCCCAGGGGAAGGGGAGGCCACUGCACAAAACUCCCCAUUGAGUUCACUCUCGGUGCGCAACAUGUACUGGCUGGAUGGUGGUCAUGCAGGAGGCCGCAACACUUGGAUUACCUCUCAUUCUAUCCUGAAGUCCUUGGCAGCACAGCAGCAAAUAAGUAUUCACAUACAUGUCACACCAUACCAGGU